UUCAAUUUAGUUGAUGGCGAGAUUUCAAGCGUAUCGAACGAAUGUGGGAAUAAAACUUUCUUGGGGAAACAAAAAUAAUGUGAUCUCGGAAAACGGGUGUUAACAGGAUAACGCAAAAAAAGGAUUUAAAAAAGGCUAGAGUUCGUAAAUCAAAUGCAAUUUAUUUUUUCAUCAUUAACUUUGUUGUGAAUUUAAAAGUGAAUAGAAAAGAAGAAGAAGAAGAAGAAAAAAAAAAAAAAAAACAAAAACUGAGGCGACAAGGAAAUUAGACAACACUCGCCAAUUAGUCAACAACGUCGUCGACGUCGUCACCCGCAACAACAUCAACGUCGUCGUCAACAACGUCACUUCGAAAUGUCCAACGCGAAGCUGCAACUACACUAUAAUGAUGCCGCGCGAAUGUCGUAUUCUUCGUACGAUGAAAAUCAUUAUGCGGGUCAAAGUUCAAUAUCAACACAAACAGCCGCAAAUGCCAAAUAUGAUCCAGACGAAAAUCGUGGCAGAUGGGCAUCAAAGACGGAAUUUAUUCUCUCGUGUCUAGGUUAUGCUGUUGGUUUGGGCAAUGUCUGGCGUUUUCCAUAUCUUUGUUAUCGCAGUGGCGGUGGUGCAUUUCUAAUACCCUAUCUUUUAAUGUUAUUCCUCUGUGGCAUUCCAUUGUUCUUUAUGGAAAUAAUAAUGGGUCAGUUUUCUAGUCUGGGUUGCAUUGGCAUUUUUCGUUUGGCUCCGCUGUUUAAAGGUGCCGGCUUUGCCAUUGUUAUAGUCAAUAUUAUCUGUACAACAUAUUAUUCCGUUAUAAUCUCGUAUCCUUUAAUGUUUCUCAAACACAUAUUCUCAUCGAAAUUGCCCUGGGAAUCGUGUGAAAAUCCAUGGAACACCAAUCACUGUGUUGAGGUGACAGACAUGGCAAAAUAUAAUUUCACAACGCGUGGAGAAUUCAAAACGCCAGCGGAUGAAUUUUUUCAUCUAGAAAUUUUGAAAAUCUCUAAUGGCAUCUAUGAAAUCGGAUCGAUACAGUGGUCAUUAUUUGCCGCCCUGGUCUUGUCAUGGAUUAUGGUCUACGUCUGCAUCAUUAAGGGCAUUGAAACGGUUGGAAAAGUUGUCUACUUCACUGCCACAUUCCCGUUCAUUAUUCUGUUCAUUUUAUUUGUACGCGGUGUCACGCUGCCCGGUGCCAUGAAGGGCAUUUUAUUCUACAUCAAACCGGAAUGGUCGCGUCUCAUGGACUUGAAAGUCUGGGCUGAUGCUGCCAUACAGAUUUUCUUUUCACUGGGUCCCGGCUGGGGUGGCAUCGUCAAUAUGGCCAGUUUCAAUCAUUUUCGCAACAACGCCAAGGGUGAUGCCAUAUUCAUACCGAUUAUAAAUUGUUCAACGAGUAUUUUUGCGGGAUUUGUGGUGUUUUCGGUGCUGGGAUUUUUAUCACAUCAAACUGGCAUUCCCGUGGCAGAUGUUGCCACCUCUGGCCCUGGUUUAGCAUUUAUUACAUAUCCCCAGGCCAUAGCUAUGCUGCCAUUUUCUCAAGUUUGGGCUGGUCUAUUUUUUUGCAUGUUAUUCCUGUUGGGCUUAGACAGUGUGUUUGUGCAAAUCGAAGCUAUUAUAUCAUCGGUAUUGGAUGAAAUACCCAAAGUGAGACCAUAUAAAUACGCUGUGACCUUCGUCUCGUGUCUGCUUAUGUUCUCAAUGGCCAUACUGUUUGUAACGAAUGGCGGCAUGUACAUCUUACAGCUGCUGGACUGGUAUUCCGCCUCUAUAUCGGUUAUAUUGAUUUGUAUACUGGAGGUGGUGAUGGCUUCGUGGAUCUAUGGCAUUGAUAAUUUUCUGGAUGAUAUUUACUUUAUGAUUGGCAAGAAACCGGAAAAAAUCUGGCGCUAUUGUUGGAAAUAUGUAACGCCAGCCAUUCUUGUGUUUAUUUUCUUCACCAGCAUUAUAUUCAAUCGCCCUGUACGCUACAACGAUAAACUCUAUCCGGAAUGGGCGGUGGCUUUGGGUUGGUGCAGCUGUGCCAUCUCAAUUGCAUGCAUUCCAUUGUAUAUGUUGUGGACGGUGUGUCAUCGUCGCGGUAGUCUGCGUGAGAAUUUGAUGGCCUCGUUGAAGGCGAAAUUUUGGCUACCAGCCCAGGAGGACUAUCGUGUGGCCUAUGCCGAAUUUAAGACAGCACGCAAACUAAUGGAUGAGUUGAGUAGUCGGAACUUUGAGAAAGUCGAAAUGCUAAGAAAGCCAUAGAAGAGUCGAAGAAGUUUCCUAAAAGCCAGCAAAAUUUCUAGAAAAUAGAAUAAUUCCAGAAAAAAAUGUACCAAAAAAUUUAAUAAUUAAUUAUUGCAAAACAUAUUCCUUGUAUUAGACAAUUAACAAAAAAUACACACACAUUUUAUUUAAAACUUA